AUGGAUACUGCUCUGGAAUGGCUCUACACACUACCUCCAGAUUCCAUCUUCUCAUGGGAACAGAUGCAAGAAAAGUUAAUGCAGCGGUUCUUCCUCGCUAGCAAGACUCAGCUCGUGAAACAACAGAUUAACUCAUUUUUGCAGGAACCUGACGAAUCAUUGCGCGAAGCUUGGGAUCGCUGUCAAGGAUACCAGAGAAUGUGUCCUCACCACAGAUGGGAUAAAAGGUACCUUAUUUACACUUUCUUGCAGGGAUUAAAGGAGGACACUCAGGUUCUUAUUCGAGUAGUAUGUGGAGAAAGCCUCAACGAAAAAUCAUUCGACUUCAUAGAGCAACAAAUCAACAAGAUGGCCAACGAGUGUACUCCCUCUCAAGAGUUUAUCAGAAACGUUAGCCUCAAAGACAGUCGUGCAGGUAAGAAAAGUCUAUCUGAAAUUCAGGCAUUACGUGCAGAAUUGGCAAAACUUAAAAUGCAGGUUGAGAAUGUUCAUCAAAUCUCAUACUUAGACACAUCAGCCAACAGGUACAUGAUCGAAGAUGUCUACUACGUAGAUAACAACCUGUACUCGAAUGUGUACAAUCCGGGAUGGAAGAAUCAUCCAAACUUCUCGUACAAGAAUUCUUCCAACGUCUUGAAUACUCCCCACAGAAAUUUUGGUGGUUCGGCUAAUCAGAGUCUUUCUCAAGGAUAUAAACCUCGACCUCGAGCUUCCCCACAACAUCAGAAUCAGGCCAUUCAACACUACCCAUCACCUCUUCAAUCUCAGCAGAAUUACGCUCUGUCUCCGCCUUCACAACAUGUAGAUUUUGACCUCGAUCUUAAGUCUAUGUUCGCACAGCUUAUGCAGGGUCAAGAAGCUAUUCGCACCGAGAUGCGUGAACAUCAACAAGAGACCGACGCCCACUUGAAGUUUGUCAAUAACCAAAUAGCUCAACUCGCAGCCUCUAUACCUUCGCGACCUCAAGGAUCACUUCCCGGGAAACCCGAGACAAAUCCUAGAGAGCACUGCAAUGCAGUGUUCUUGAGAAGCGGGAAGCAACUUGAGGAUGUCGUCCCCCCUACUCUUGAAAAAGGUGAGUCUUUUUACUCUAGAUCUGCGAUCACAUCUAACAUUCAGUCUUCAGAUACUCCAGUUAAGAUGACAUGUGAGGAAGAACCAAAGUAUGUACCUCCACCUCCCAGACCUCCUCCAGUUCCAUUCCCUUCACGACUUGUGCAACAAAAAGAGGCCAGCCAGUUUAAGCGCUUCACGGACAUGAUAAAAAAAUUGGAGGUCACAAUACUUUUUCACGAGGUAAUCACUCAAAUGCCCUCCUAUGCCAAAUUUCUCAAGGAUAUUCUAGCUAGGAAGAAGACAGUGGAGAAGGAGACAGUAGCAUUAACCAAAGAGUGCAGUGCCGCGUGUUGUGAUCUAGAAGCAAGCGUAAGCCUAAUGCCAUUUUCGAUCUUCAAGAGACUAGGUGUGGGUGAACUCAAAUCCACACAAAUGAUAUUACAGUUGACAGAUAGGUCGGCCAAACGGCCUGCGGAUAUACUAGAGGAUAUGCCACUUAAGACGGGUGAUUAUUACAUACCUGUCGAUUUUGUGGUUCUUGACAUGGAUACAUAUUCAAGCAUGCCUAUCAUUCUAGGGCAUCCCUUUCUCAACACAGCAUAUGUCGUCAUCCACGUCAGAGCGGGUCAUCUUACUAUGUCCAUUGGAGACGAGACAAUAGAAUUCAUGCUCAAUCAAAAUGACAAUCCAGACGAAAGUGUGAAAUCUAUUUGUUCAGUUUACAAGCUCAAAACACCUAAGAACCAGGACCACAAACACAAGGUUAAGAGAGGACCAGAUCCAGAUAGGACGAAAGGUAAGAAAGAAGCUAACAUGGUUGAGCAGGUCACUAACUCAUCAGACCAUCCUGAGAAUUGGCUCGAAUCUCAUGUAUCACCACCAGAUUUUUCUCUACUAGGUACGCCUCGUUUCUCAAACUCAUUUUGUUGUAGAGAUGCUCUUAAACUUCAUGAUCCAGGUUGGCAGAAGAUCGAUAAUCUUCGCCCAUUAGACCCAUCCGGUAGUUGA